AGAAAUUGCCCAAAAUAGCCACAGGUGGCAAGCUUCACUGACAGGCCAAAAGCCCUCAGUCAACAUGGCCGCGACGGGCUUCCAUUGCCCUUCUCUGCCAGCAGUAAGGAUGGCUCCGGUGACUUCCUUUUAACCUCGCAUUUCCCAUAACAAAGAUGGCGCCUUUGCUUCCACGUUCCGGUUGUGGACGGACUAUGGCAGCUGAGGAUGCCACUUCAGGCAGUGUGUCAGAGGAGAGCAGUGCUUUGGACCUGCCAUCUGCAUGUGACAUAAGAGAUUAUGUCCUGCAGAGACCCAGCCAAGACACCAACAGUGAGGCUUUCAGUUCUGUGGAAUUCCAUUCUUUUCCUUGCUCUUCUGAUGUGGAUCCAGACUGUGCAGUUUAUCUGCUAAAACUACAAAAAUUCACCUGGCAUGGUGUUGGGGGGCCGUAAUCCCAGCUACACAGGAGGCUGAGGCAGGAGAAUUGCUUGAACCUGUGAGGUGGAAGUUGCAGUGAACAGAGAUGGUACCCCUGCACUCCAGCCUAAGUGAUAGAGCAAUACUCCAUCUCAAAAAUAAAUAAAUAAAAAUAAAAGAUAAACUUUAAGCAGUCCUGCUUCUGUGUACAUGUCACUGAUAGUUUGAUGUACAUUUGAUUAAUACUACAUUUUGUCCAGCAUGUGGCUGAUGUCCUUGUCAGGCUCAUUUGUUUAAAUCCAUUUUAAUUUGUUCAUGGAGCAAUUAACUCAGACUCACCUUGUUGGAAGUCAUGCUGAAGAUAUAUUUAUCAUUUCCUCCUACAUCAUGGAGACAGAUUGGACUGUGGCUCAUGCUUGUUGAGGUUGUAUGCUUAUUAAAAAUGGAGUAGAUGUAUGUGAUAUUAAAUUGAGCUUUUUAAUUUCCUUAGAUUUAAUGACAUACCUUUGCCAUGUACUUAAUCUCAGCAAAUAUUCACCCAUCCGAAAUUGGCAGAUUGCAAUUUAUAACUUGUCAUGUCAAAUGAAACAUUUUCUCUUUUCUUUGCUCCUCGAAAGAUCUCUGCUCAAAAUUAUAAUCUUUUAAAAAAUAGCUGACACAUUCUCCUUAGUGGGGAGCAUUCAACGUUUCUGUCCUGUGAUUUGAAACUGACCCUUCUCACUCCUCUUCAGCUUUAGCCUAUACUUAUUGAUAUAUUUAUUUUGGUUACAGUUUAAUGUUUUUAUUCUGACUUCUGGGUCAUAGAGAGAUGAAUGGGUAAAUGGAGAGAUGGAUGAGUGGAUAAAUUAGAUGAUUGAAUGAAUGAUAGAUAGAUAGACAGAUAGAUAGAUAGACAGACAGGCAGACAGACAGACACAGACAGACAGACAGAAAAGCAGAUCAAAGUAUACCAAAGAUGUGUGGAAGUACGGGUUCAGAUAACAAAGAAUACACCACAAGCUUUAGUCUCAAGCUCCCUAGACCAUAAAACCUUAUAUAAUGGUCAGCUUUCCAAAGCAGAGGCUAAAUAACUGUCAUUCUAUUGCAUCCAACAUAGCGUCCCAAACUUCGUUGAUGUAGGAUUAAUAAGAUGAAAACAGGUAAUGUGUGUGUUUGUAUGCAUGUGCAUGUACAUACAUAAAUAUAUUUUUAAUUGGGAUAAAAUUUACAUAUAAUAAAGUACAUAAAUCUUAUGUGUUACAGUUUGGUGAAUUUUUAUAUAUGUGCAUACCCACAUAACCACUACCUAGAUCAAGAUGUAGAAAAACAGAAAUUUGCAUGAAAGAUUUAUUGUGUGCAUGAGUGUUUUGGGUGCCCCUUUAAGAGCUAAAGUUUCAAAUGCAUUUGGGGUUUUGCCACUUAGAGGUCAAAAAAAUUUAGUCUUCCAGAUUGACCAGUAUAAUUAGGUUAUCUUUCUCUCUCUUUUUCUUCAUAGCAUCCUUCAAAUUUGUAUUCCUUUUUAGGUUUAUGCAUUUAUAUGUGAAAUGAAAUUCAGGGAGAACCUUAGGUAAAAGAAAAUUCUAAAAUGUCAAUAAGGCAGUAAAUGUUAUCAGUAAUAACUCCAUGACUCAUGAUUUCUGCCUCUGUCUAUCUUACGAUUGACAUAAUUUAUUGACUAAAAGAACAUUUAACUGCUUUCUUUAAGCUUAAACAGCUUCUUUCUCAUGAUCUCUUCAAAGAGUGAAUAUCAUAAAAGAGUAAAAAUAAUUAUUUUCCCUUUUUUCCAAGAGUCUUUGGAACAGAUAUCUUGGUCUGUGGGCCAGUGGCUGCACAGUCGGUAUUGCAGUGCAGAGACUAUUAGAGCAGCAGGCAUGAGCUGAGUUAGGAAGAUAAAGUUAUUUCCAAAAGCAAAUGGAAAUAGUUGACAACAGAGAAAGAGAACAUUGUCUACAAAACAUUAAUAGCCUUUACAAUUUUUAUAAAACCAACCUGGAACAACUUUGAAGUUGAAUGAUUUUGCAUAACUGGCUUAUUAUGGAAUGAAACUUUCAGAAACAAAACGUAGAAUGGAGAUGAACUGUACUUUUAAGAUGAUCACAUGUGAUCUGAGAUCAAAGUCUGGCGUUGGAAUACUGUUUUAAGGAUAGCUGGACUACCUUGGUGAGUUAAACAGAUGUGUCACCACAGGAAUCGAAAACGAAAACCUUGAAAUUUUAUGUAGCUCCUUCCUCUACCUUCAGAUAAAAUCUCUGUACAUCAGCCUAGGUGAUAUGAAUGUUGUCUACUUCAAGCACUUUUAGAAGAUGAGCUUUGGAUAUAAGGGCAAUCUGGCUAUGACAUUUAUUAUUUUGGUUGAUCUGGCCAAUUAAAAGACUGAUAUCUUAACUCCCUCACCAUUGCCUGCAUAUCCCUGAGUUGGUAAUUAUUUUCUUGGAACUUUGAAGGUCUGUUUCAUUGCCUUCUUGCUCACGCUGCCACUAUGGAGGUGUCUCAUGCAACUUAAUUGUCAUUCACUUAUGAAUAAUUUGUCUUUCCUCUCAGGUUGUUCGUAGGAUUUUAAUCUGCAGUUUUAUCUAUGGCCUAGCCCUAAAUUUCCUUUUAUUUAUCCUGCUUACAGAACAUUGUAAUUGAUACAUCUGAGGAUUUGUGCUUUUAUCAGUUCUGAGAAAUUCCCACCCAUUAACUCGUCUCAUUGUGCAUUGCGUUUCCUUCGUUCUCUCUGUUCGCUGUUUCUGAAAUUCCAAUUAUAUGCAUGCUGGAUCAUCUCACUUUGACUUCCAUAUCUCUUUUUUUUUCUUUCAUCUCUCUGGCUCUCUAUACUAAAUUAUAAGUAAUAUCUUCAACUCUGAUUUCUAUUUUCUAAUUAUCUUUCCACUGGAGUCUAGUCUCGUUUUACCUAUUUGCUGAGAUAUAAAUACCUUUUCCUCUAAUUUUUCUUUUUCUGUAAUUUAACAUUUUUUAUUGUGUUUUUGUUGGUUCUUCUCAUUUACCUGUUCAUUUUUUGUAGUCUCUUCUUACUCAAAUUUUCAAUUUCCUAUUAUAUUUCUUUAACAUAUUAAGCAUAUUUGCCUUAGAUCAUGAUUCCGUUAAUGGCAAUAUCUGAAGUUGCUAUGGGUCGCGUUGGCUGGCUCUUUUAAUUUACUCCCACUCAGUUAAGGUACAGUUUGGGCCACAAACACAUGUGAGUUCUGGCUCAUGAUUACAUUUUUUUCUUCUUUUUUUUUUUUUGUUUUCCUUUUAUUUUCUUUUAUCAGGUUAAAUCUUGGGGGAGAUAUUUCUUUCUCUCUCUACCCAGAGCCAAGACAAGUUUUCUUAGUCUGUUUGUUUUGUUUUACUACAGACCUUUACAAAGCAUAUUUCUUUCUCUAGUUCACUUUUUUCAGGGGGUGUAACUUCAGGGUUCUCAGCUUUAUGCAGUCAUUUCUUGUUAAGCACCCCAACCUUGCCAUGGCCCUAGGCUCUGUGUCCUGACCGCUGUAUGGACAUUGAAGCUGACCUGCUAGUUCUCGACUCCAGCUCAGGGUUUACAGACCUCUCAGAACUUCUAUUCUCAUUUUGCUUUUGGUCUCUAAAGGUUUCCUUGCUUUGUUACCGCUCAAUCAUGCAUUUAAAAAUACUUUUCAGAAACAUUUUAUCUAGGCCUUUUAUUUUAUUUUAUUUUUUUUGACACGGAGUCUUGCUCUGUUGCCCAGGCUGGAGUGUAAUGGCGUGACCUCAGCUCACUGCAACCUCUGCCUCCCAGGUACAAGCUGUUCUCUGCCUUGGCCUCCCGAGUAGCUGGGAUUACAUGCAUGUGCCACCAGGCCUGCUAAUUUUUGUGUUUUUAGUAGAGACAGGGUUUCACCAUCUUGGCCAGGCUGAUCUUGAACUCCUGACCUCAUGAUCCACCUGCCUGGGCCUCCCAAAGUGCUGGGAUUACAGGCAUGAGCCACCACACCCGGCCCUUUAUCCAGCAUUUUCAGCUGUUUGGUAACAGGGAGGAUUUUCAGAAUAUCUUGUCCACCAUAUUCUUUUGUCAAAAAUACAUAACUGUUUCUGCAACCACACCUCUCGUGUGAAGGUGGAAAUUCAAUUGCAUAUAUGCCUCACUUCUGGCCCUUAAUAACUCAUGUUAGAAAAUUUCUCAACAAAAAUGCCAUACAAACCACUCGUGGCCCAUUGUUUUCUGUCACUUAGCCUCAGUUUUCACCUCUCUGUGCGUAGUCUUUUUCUGCAGAAGUUGUAUUAUGCAAAUUUUAAAUUUUGUGGCUAUUUUCCAGUUUCUCUGAGUCUUCUGUGUCCUCUGAUGCUGUGUGCUUCAUUCAGCAGAGAAGGCUCAAAGCUUUGCUCUCCUUAAAUCCAAGUGUAAAUGCGAGGUAUGGGUGUUGAGAAUUAUCUCCUACAACUGAUCUCAUCUUGCUUGUUAAACUCAGCACUGCAGUUCUGCCUCAGCCGGUAGUCACUCUGUAAACCCUAGAUCUUCUCUGCCUAUUUUCCCAAGCUUUUGUUUUAUGUUUAAUGCUGCCUGUUUCUCCUUCUUCAAUGUAUUUACUAACUCAAACUUUUCCUGAAACUCUUUGCUUGAUUUAUAGCUGUCAUCACCUUACAAAAACCACUGCCACCAUCAGGCUCUCUGGAGGUUGAGUCAUUUCAGUUCCACCCACAUCCUGGUGCUGGUCCCCCUUGGAGGAUAUGUUUGGGGAUAGCUGGAGGGCUCCACCAGCCUGGGCUUCUGUGUGUGACACUCCCACACACUGAAGCGCACCUGCUGUUUCUGCCCACGCUGGGACCGUGUUUACUUUGCAGAGGGCGCACCAGGGACCUCUGUAUAGUCAUAGUCCUCCUGCUGUGAGAUGGGUAAUGUUCACUAUGAUUCAUCCCCUCGACUCUGGUGCCAAGAUGGGGCAGUAGCGACUGGUAAAGAUUAUGUUCCUUCCAGUUACAAAUAAAUGCUUGUUUGUCUGGCAUUUCCGUUUGAUAUAUCUAUCACUGUGUAAUUGUGUGUGUGUGUGUGUGUGUGUGUGUGUGUGUGUGUGUGUGUGUGUGACUGAAUCUCACUGUGUCACCCAGUCUGGAGUACAGUGGUGCAAUCUUGGCUAGCUGCAACCUCUGCCUCCCGGGUUUAAAAGAUUCUCAUGCCUCAGCCUCCUGAGUAGCUGGGACUACAGGCAUAUGCCACCAUGCCUGGCUAAUUGGUUUGUAUUUUCGGUAGAGUGGGGUUUCACCAUGUUGGCCAGGCUGGUCUCCAACUCCUGACUCAGGUGAUCUACGCACCUUGGCCUCCCAAAGUGGUGGGCUUACAGGCAUGAGCCACCACGCCCAGCCAGACAUGUAUUAGUGGAAGAUUCACAGUUCACUUUGAAAAAUCCCAGAUGUUAAAGAAUAAGCACCUUAAUACUCUAACAACUCUGCUGUGGGUACUAUUCUUGUUACUAAGGUAAUAAUUACAAUGUAUCUUUUAUUUAUGGAGCACUUGCUAUGUGCUGGGCUUUAUGCUAAUAAAUCAUUUAAUCCUUACAACAGUCCUAUGAGGUAGGAGCUGUUAUUAUCCCCAUCUUAUAGAUGAGGACCUGGAGAGUCAGAGAUGUGAAGUAACUUGCCCAGGAUCAUAUAGCGAGUAAGGGGCUUGCUAGGACUCAAACUCAAGGCUUCUUCCCAAGUCCAUGCUCACAAACCUCUCUUCUGUUAGGACAAAAUCAGAUUUCUGAUUCGUGACAAUGUACUCUUGCAAAGGCCAGAACUAAAUCUACCUUACAAGGUAACAUAUUUGAAAGUGUAACUGUGUUGCCUGCAUUGCACAGAACUGAUGUUAGAAUACCUUUGUGAGAACCGCUUUAGGAACCAGCAUGUGUAACAUAAGAAAAUCAAUUUUCUUUUGUAGAUAAACCUUGCUUUUCACCCCAGGCCCUGCUAUCCUGCUUGAUCACCUACAUUAUUUACAGAUUUCACUCCUCAUGCCUCUUGACAGUUUCCAGAAAGGCAAUUCUGUCCCAUGAGGAUGGAGCUUUGUCACCAAUGAGGACAUUCAGAAGAAGUUUCCAGAGGGAGUGAAGAUGCUUCCUUAGAGGCUCUGACAGGUUCUGAGCAAUAUUAUUUUACAAAUAAGAGCUUGGCUCUUGGGUUGAUUACUUUAAAGGGGAAGUCCUCAGCUGUAUCAGUACAUCUUAGUGUGUUUACUAUCCAUUCUCUGACUUCACAGAUACACUUAAUGUCGACUUGAUAUGGAGUGAAAUCUACUUGCAGAAACCCACAUUUACAAUAAUUCUACUGCAUAAAGAAAACGCUAGACUUUCUUCCUCUGUUACAGAUGUUACCUUCUCUGAGAAAAGCUUAUUGUAAAUGUCAACACUGGAACUGGCUCUGUUUUGAUAGGAAUCUUGUUCUGUUUCUCUUUAAAUCUUAAAACUACCAAAUAUUGACUUGUUGAUUUAGACCGAUUGUGGGAGGCCCCACAAUCUCCUCUUGAAGGAAAAAAGGAUCAGGUUUCUGCUUCCCCAGGAAACAGGGAAUUAUCUCUCUGCUGAAUAUGUAUCAAGCAACACUCCCAGUGUCAUUUUUAAAGUGCUCAUAUUUUUCUUACAGGUAAGGUUGACAUUUGAAGCAUCAUCUUAAUUAGCUACUCACAUUUAACGUAACUCAGGGGGCAGCAGUAAACAGUGGUAAUCAAAAUAGUAAUGUUGCCAUAGCAACCAAGAUCCUGCUCAAUUGCUUUUCCUUUCUGCUUACCAUCUAGGCAAGGAUAUGAAACAAAUCUGCCAAAACCUCCUGUGUGAAAUGAAAGUUUAAAAACCACUGGGGGAAAACAUUCUUGAAUGAUUGUUUUAAGUGCUUCAGUGAAGCUCCUGGCUCCAAAUGGCUCCUGAAGGAAACCGUGUCCCCGGUUCUCUUGUCUGACAGCUUUGCCUCCUGAGAGCUAUUCCCUACAACGUGGACGGGAUCAGGGGAAUCAUAGCUUUAUUCCAGCUCCAGCUGCAAGGUCCAGGAAGUGGGAGAGUUGACCCACGUGAUUCGAGCUAUAAAGUGUUAGGUUCUGAUCUCUUAACUUAGUUAUUCCUUUAUUGCAAAAUGCAAAGCCAUGCUGUUUUGAAACACGCCUUGAGAAGAUUGAGGAUUGUCAAUCAUUUUGAUGCUGUAAGCCAGUUGUUCCUAAAUUUUUAUUAUCUGAAUCGUUUAAGGAAAGCCCUUGAUCUCCCAUUUGGCCCAUCAUCACCAGCACUGGUUCUAAUAAUGGCAAAUGAUAGCCAUAUGAAAAUCAUAUUAGUUUUUUGUUGUUGUUGUUAAUUAUUGCAUAUCUUCGUAUGAAGGUCAUGUUAAUGAAGAAAAUUAAUGAGCAAAGAGAACUUUUCCGUGUUCUAAUUGCCAACCCCUUCACCCAGUGAUUCUGGAGACUUGGUCUUGGUCUCAAUUUUCUUAUCUGGAAAAUAAGACACAGUAGAGCCGGAUAUUUUCCCUCCUCUUGGAUCCAGCUUGAUACAUGACUUCUUUAUUAAAUAGAAUAGAAAAACAGUAUCACCCUUUAGUAGUGAUAAGCUGACACCAUGAGGGUUGUCUUGCUUGAAAAAACAAAACAAACCCUGUGGCUUCUCAGGAGGUCCUCGCUUCACCCUCACCUUCUUUUUAUUGCUUUCCAUGUAAGAGACUGGAAUAAUCUAAUUGUGAAAUUAAUCAAAGAGAAAUCAGGCAAAAAUGUUUUCUUUGUAAUUCAUUUUGUAUGCCAUUAAAAAGAAAUAAGAUGAAAAGAGAGGGAGUGAAAAAAGGGUAGAAAAAUGGUCAGGAAUAUGAAUAAGCAGUACACAGAAAAGGAAACCCAAGUGGCCCAUAACUGUAUGAAAAGCAGCUCUGCCACACAAGUUGUCAGGGAAAUGCAAACCUAAAUCCGAGAUACAGCUUUAAUGUCUGAUAAUAUCAGAAUUUGGCAAAGAUGGGGAGAAACAGGAAAACCCAAACACUGCUGGUGGGAGUGUAAUUGUUAUUAUACAACCACCUUGGAGAGCAAUUUGGCAGAAUCUAGUCAAAUUGAAAAUGCACAUUCCCUUCGAUUUCGUAAUUCUACUUUUGGAUAAAUUUCCAAAGAGAGUCUCCUCCUGAUACAUGUGCACAAGGCAGUAGGUAUCAGGAGGCUCACUGAAGCCUUAUUUGUGAUAAUAAAAAAUUAAAUACAGCCUACUUGUCUAUCAGGAAGAGAAUGGAUGAAAAAUAAUGUAGCAUCUUCCUAUAUUAGAGUACUAUAAAGCAGUUUUACAUAAUAAACAAUGGCUAAAAGUAAAAAAAAUCAUAAAGUCAGAUGUAAAACUUUGUAUUUUGAAAACAAAAUGCAAAACUUUGCAUAUUGAAAGUUAAAAUGCCUACCACGCACAAAACAGCACUCUUGCAUAUGGAUACGUAUAUAUGUGUGUGUAUGUGUGUAUAUAUUUAUAUGGCAUCAAAAAUGGGCUGGGGGUGGAGUGCAAUGCCUAACAAAGUUCCUACCACACAGUUAUGUCCCGGAGGACUGAAAUUGAUGCUGGAAAUCAUCUCAGUCCAUGUUAUAAAAAAUAAGGUAUCUACAGACUUUUGCUUUUGGCUAAACCUUCCAUGGAUUUGUCCUACAAUACUCCAAGCCAAUCCUCCUUUCCUUUUCCCUCUUUUCACUACUGGCAUUUUUCCUACUUCCUAGCCAUUCAAACCUUUUGGUUACUGUCCAGCAAGUGAACUGGCCCUGAUUCACUUCAACUCAUCGGCACCUCACUUGAGAUCUCUUCUUGGUUUAGUCUGGCUUUUCCCUGCUGCAUAAUAACACGAGGGCUGGAGUUCUGGGGCACCUUAUAUCCUAUCUUAUUAAUUCCAUAAAAUCAGUGACGGAAAAACAAUAAGCUUAAGCCUCCUUUGUCCUGAUUGCAACCCUGCCAUCCAGGGUUCAUACAUUUUAGAAUUUGCGACUGUUCCUUUAAAGGAUAAAUCCACAUCCUCACAAAGGGAGAGUGUGUGGAUAUCAAGAUAUUUAAUCCAAAUUAACAUUUCAAAGGGGUGGAUGGUUUGCUCAGGUGCUUUGGAAACCACAGUCUCUGUACUUGUUUAUAUCUGAAAGUUCAAAUUGAAUGAAUCACCCAGAGGGCAAGUGGCAUAUGCUGUCACCCUUCAUCCUAAUGACAAACAGAUGCCAUGGGCAAAGGACAGGGUCCUCUAAGAGGCCAUCAUGGAGGAAUAAAAUGAAUGCUGGGGAAAAAAAAAAAAAAAACAAAGACAGCUGUGAUUAGUACAUAGUCCUAAAAGUAGGUGCCAAGGCAAUUUAAUAAGACCAGUGUUCUGGUUUGUAAGAAGUCUUCUACUUUGGCAUUUUAUAUUUUCUUGAAAAAUUAAAAUGUUCUAAGUACAGAGAGCUAUAACAUCCAAGCUCAUACCACCCCAAACCGGCAAUUAACACAAUGUCCUAUUUGCUUCAAAACUUUCUUCUUAUUAAACAUUUAAAUUAAAGUUGACUAUUUCUUCACAGAUAUUAUAGGUUGGUGCAAAAAUAAUUGUGGUUUUGACACUGACCAAAACUGCAGUUACUUUUGUAUCAACCUAAUAAUCUGAUUGCUUCUAGCCUCCCUCACCUUAAAAAAAAAUUAAUCUUGGCUCACUGCAACCUCUGCCUCCUGGGUUCAAGUGAUUCUUGUGCCUCAGCCACCCGAGUAGCUAAUUUUUGUAUUUUUAGUAGAGGGGGGUUUGCCAUGUUGGCCAGGCUGUUCUCAAACUCCUGGCCUCAAGUGAUCUGCCUGCCUUGGCCUCCCAAAGUGCUGGGAUUUUUUCAGUCACCCUAGUGAGUACCAGUCCCUCUUGUAAGAGCACACUUUUAUAGAAAGCAACGCCUGAAGUUGAAAGAAGUGUUUACCUGGCUUCUUAGCCUAGCCCCCAAGCUCUCCAGAGCCUAAGUCAAUUUCUUCCUCUCUCAUAAGCAUUCUCUGCCCCUUCCAGACCAUCCCUCACUAGGCUCGUGGGCAUUCUCAUGUCUGCACCUAGCACUGGGCUUCCCCUCCAUGAAGCAGCUUUCUUCUUCAGCCUGGUCUAUCUGAGGAUGACUCACCUUCCCAGUCCCAGCUUUUUUAUUUUUUAAUUUUUUUUUUUUUUUUUCUGAGACAGAGUCUUGCUCUCUUGCCCAGGCUGGAGUACAGUGGUGUGAUCUUGGCUCCCUGCAACCUCUGCUUCCUGGGUUCAAGCAGUUCUCCUGCCUCAGCCUCCGGAGUAGCUGGGAUUACAGGUGUGUGCUACCACACCCAGCUAAUUUUUGUAUUUUUAGUAGAGAUGUGGGUUUUACCAUGUUGUUCAGGCUGGUCUUAUACUCCUGGCCUCAGGUGAUCCACCCACCUCAGCCUCCCAAAAUGCUGGAAUUACAGGCAUGAGCCACCACACCUGGCCAAAUUAAAGUGUUUUAAACAUACAAGUCAAUUAUGAGCAUUAGUUUAAAGGGGGACCUGUGACUAUUUUUAGAGCCACAUGAUCCCAGGGGACCUCCAGCGGACAAACCAAGGAAGCAAGGCCUGGGAACUUAGGAGUGUGCCAUGCAGGGCCCUGAAAGAGGGCAGCUUCCCAUCCAAGCAGCAUGGAAGGAGACCUAAUAAGCCACAUACUGUUUCUUUCCUUAAAUCCUGAUACUUUUUCAUUUUUAAAAACUUAAGUCUUGGCCAGGUGCUGUGUCUUACACCUGUAAUCCCAGCACUUUGGUAGGCUAAAGUGCGCAGAUCAUGUGAGCUCAGGAGUUUGACACCAGCCUAGGCAACGUGGCGAAACCCCAUCUCUACAAAAAAUACAAAAAAAAUUAGCUGGGUGUGGUGGUGCGCACCUGUAGACCCAGCUACUCAAGAGGCUGAGGUGGGAGGAUCGCCUGAGCCCAGGAGGUGGACUUAGGCAGUGAGCUGUGCUUGCACGGUGGCACUUUAACCUGGGGGCAACAGAGCAAAACCCUGUCUCAAAAAAAAAGUCUUAGAUUUCUUUCAGCUCCUUAACAUCCUUGAAACCACACAUAGGUCCUCUUAAUCAGCACUUCCUAGUAAAAGAAACUGUGGACAAAUCAGGCAGGGUGGGUGGGUGGCUGCUGAUUCAGAUGCAUGCAGAGGGCAGAAUUCUAAAUAUCAAAUCCAUUUAGUAGAAACUUGUCAUAGUUGAAGGCAAAAAUGUUUCACAGAGAUGAAAUCCUGCUGUGCAUUUACGAACCACAGAAAUAGCCGGGGAAGCUUCUCUGGAAGAAUCCAUCACUAGAUAUUGGGGUUUCUAAAGGCCGAUGGCAUCUCUUGCAGAACACAACCAUUAAUCUCAAGGGCCCCAUGCCAGCUGACUGUCUUCUGAAUUCAAAUAAGCACCCAUAACUCCUACAGAGAGAAAAAUAUUUUUAGGUGUAUAAGAAUCUCAAGUAUCUGGCUGGGCAUGGUGGCUCAUGCCUAUAAUCCUAGCACUUUGGGAGGCCAAGGUGGGUGGAUCCCUUGAGGCCAGGAGUUUGAGACCAGCCUGGCCAAGAUGGCAAAACCCCAUCUCUAUCAAAAAUAUAAAAAAUUAGCCGGGCAUGGUGGCAUGCACCUGUGGUCCCAGCUACUCGGGAGGCUGAGGUGAGAGGUUCAUUUGAGCCCGGGUGGUUCAUCUCAGCUGCAGUGAGCUGAGAUCAUGCCACUGCACUCCAGCUUGGGUGACAGAGUGAGACCACGUCUCAAAAAAAAAAAGUUGGGGGAGGAAUCUGAAGUAUCUGUAUGUUAUCUCUUUUCUUGUUGGCAAAGAGAAAAUUUAACAAUGGGAUGCCUGCAAAAGCAUUGUGGUAUCAAGCCCUGCCCUCCUCCUUUUCUUCUCGUAAAGUUUUAAAGAAAUCCUAUUCAUGAUGGAAAAUAUAUCGAAAUAAAAAGGGUAGUUUUGUUCAAUUUAGAUAAUCCCAGAAUCAUUGGGACCAGUGCCAAUGGCUUUUACCCUCAAACAUUGUUGAAGGGAAAAAAAGCCAUCUCAAGGUCUGAGAAGGAAAAAUGCAUAACUCAAAUAGGUACUAAAAAGAAGGGUGUUGUGCAGGGAAUGGGGACCAACAGCAAAAGUGUCUCUCUCUCUAAUUUUUUUUUUUUUUUUUUUUGAGACCGAGUCUUUUUGCCCAGGCUGGAGUGCAAUGGCACGAUCUUGGCUCACCACAGCCUCCACCUCCUGGGUUCAAGUGAUUCCCCUGCCUCAGUCUCCCAUGUAGCUGGGAUUAUAGGCAUGUACCACCACGCCCAGCUAAUUUUGUAUUUUUAGUAGAGACAGGGUUUAUCCAUGUUGGUCAGGCUGGUCUCAAACUCCCAACCUCAGGUGAUCCACCUGCCUCAGCCUCCCAAAGUGUUGGGAUUAUAGGCGUGAGCCACUGCUCCCGGCUGGUAGCAAAAGUCUCUUAGGGAGCUCAAGGCAAAUCAACGUAAUACAAUGCAAUGGGAUUCAACAUUAAGUUCCCACUCCUUUCAAGAUCCAUCCUUUGAGCCAGGGGAGGGGUGAGGGGUCGGGAGACAUAAUUGGUAUUUGGGGGAAGGACCAUUUUUUGUCCUGUGCACUGUAGAAUGUUUAUAUCCUCGACUCCACUCACUAAAUGCAAGUAGCACUUUGCAGUCCCUGACACAGAAACAUCCCUAGAGUCUCCUUGGAGACAUUGCUAUCCCCUUUUGACAGCUGUACAAGGUUGGGCUAUAUUAACAGAAUAAGGUGGGGUUUGAACAUAGCUGUGAGAAUGCACCACUGAGCAGGAACUGACCUAGUACCCAUCAUUCUUUCCACACAUGGGCACAUCAGGAAAGGAAAAGCAGUUAGCUUCAUUUGCUGGCAAAGAAACGGUGACAUCCAAAAAGCUAUAACAGCCUCAUGAUUAGAGAGGAGGCUUUAUAGUUUGUAGAACAGCAAAUUUUAAAAGGAAAUCAAAGACUGAAAUGGAAUGCAGGCAGCGUUCAAAAGAACUGACAUAGUAAAUUACUCAACCCGUAUGUCAUUGGUCUUCUGAAGGGGAAGAGUUGUUUCUCUGAAGACGACUGGCAGACUGCCUGACAUGUGCAUGAAAAAUAUAGGAGAUAGCUGGCUUUUAGACUCUUUUGUGGACACUGGACUUCAAAAAUUUAAAAUUAAAUAAUAAAACACACAUGAAAAUUAAAAAUCCUGCAUAUCAAAGCACAUUGACUAUUUACUUACCAAGUACGUGCCAUGUUGCUUGGAGUUUUCUAUAUAAGUGGACAGUUUUGGGGGUUCAACUUUCCUAGUGUUACUGCUGGGGAUACCCUGCUCUCUCCCACCCAUCCCAUUAGCCCUUCCCAGCUUCUGUCUUCUAGCCAUUACCCCCACCAGCCCCUUCCCAGGACAAGGUCAUCUUCGGGGAAGAAGCGGGGAAGGGACCCCUCAUCCUGCCAUCAUGGGACCCUAUUCCUUCUCCCGUCUCCCUUCAACUUUCUAACAGCAACGUCAUUUGUUGGGCAACUACCCGAGCUAAGGCUUUUUAUUUUAUUUGGUUGCUUGAUAGUAAAGUAGGCCACCAAAGGAAAUUUUAACAUCUGUCUCUCCAAGGUUUCUUUUAAUUUUUUCAGAAUUUUUUAAAACCAAAAGCCCUUUUUCAUGAAUUAUUUGAGAUUUGCUCACUUGAAGGCCAUCACUCCUGAUUUUGUUACAAUGACAUUCUCUUCUAAAAUGCAAUAAAAAAAUGAAAAGCAAGAAAUUAACAUGAUCCAUUACUACCAUCUAAUCCUCAGACCCCAUUCACAGCUCUCCAGUUGCCCCAAUAAUGUGCUUUGCAGUGAAAAGAUACGGUUUAAACAUUUUUGUGUGUUUGGCUGUCAUGGCUGUUUUUAGCCUCCUUCUGGCUGAGACAGUAGCUCAGUCCUUCCUUGGUUUUCACAAACUUGGCACUUGUGAGGAGUACAGGCCAAGAACUCCUCCCCUGCUGCUUCUAUGCCAUCAGGACCAGAAAGAGACCAGCAUCUGCCUCCCUCCCCUUCCACCCAUCCUGGAGGCUUCAGUCCAGCGACAGGGUGGUUGGGAGGAACUUGGGCAGAAGCUCUGGGCAUAGCAGGGCCAAGGAAACUUCCUUUACUAUUCCUUAAAAAAUAAUGAGGGGCCUGGGACAUAUUUUUGUGUUGUUGGGGUUUUUUUUUCACUGUUGUUUUGUCUUGUCUUGUCUUGUUUUGUUUGAGAUGGAGUCUUGCUCUGUCACCAGGAGUGCAGCGCAAUCUUGGCUCACUACAACCUCCACCUCCCAGGUUCAACUGAUUCUCCUGCCUCAGCCUCCUGAGUAGCUGGGAAUACAGGUGUGUGCAACCACACCUGGCUAAUUUUUAUAUUUUUGGUAGAGAUGGGGUUUCACCAUGUUGGCCAGGAUGGUCUCAAUCUCUUGACCUCAUGAUCCUCCCACCUCAGCCUCCCAAAGUGCUGGGAUUACAGGCAUGAGCCACUGAGUCUGGCUGGGACAUAGUUUUAAGCUUUCUGGAAACUAGUGUAGUGGAAAUACCAUCCUACAAAUUCUUUACAAAGCAUGAUCUCUGUUUUGGGUUCCCCUGGCCACUCUGAGUUCUCUCUCUCUUCGAGCUUACAGGCUGGGCCUCAGGCUGCUGAAGAAAGUCCAGUGGGCAGAGGAGGAGAACUGGAACCAGCCAUGGAGACAUUUAGUUUCUAUUUCUUCUCACCACUUGGACUUUGUUCAUCAAUCUGCUUCUCUAUUGCCAUGGUCCUUUCAGAAUAAGAUUGCAGGUCACCUCCUCUGAAGAGAGAGCAUGCACUCAUUCUGCUACCCUUGCACUGCACUGUCCACUGAGUCCAUGCUGUCUCAGUUAAUGUCACUAUCCAUUUCAUAUCUGUGUAUGUCCUAUGACUAUAUUUCACUUGUUUAAUGUCUAUAAUGAUGUCCCUUCUUCCUACUUAGGUCCCUUAGAUGAGGGACAUGGUCUCCAGCGUCCAUCUGUAUAUCUUCAACAACUUUUAAUGAGUUGCCUGAAUAUCAGCUUUGUAUAAAUAUGUGUUGAAUGGAUGAAUGCUUGUCCAUGUGUAGGCCUGCAUGUAACUCAAAGAACACAUGUCCACAUUCUUUUUUUUUUUCACUUUUUAGUUUUUUUUUUCUUUCUUCGUGAUGUCCGCAUUCUUUUAGGAUGUGCUGAUGCUUUUGGAUAAUCUAUUUCUCUUUAUAUUACCAUAGACAUUCUAGAAGAGAGAUUGUUUAGUAAAACCCUCAUUUUGAAAGUGGAGAAAGUUGAAGAGCAGAAAGGUUGUAUGACUUGUCCAAGCUGUCAUUUCCAGCUAGUAGCAAAACUAGGCCCAAACCAAAAUCCCACCUCCUUUCCUAAAGCUCCACCCACUGCACCGUGCACCUUCCUUCAGCAUUGGCAAGUACAGCUAUGUUUAUUAUAGCUACUGAUUGAGUUUGUUGGGGCAGGGAAAUGUCAAAGCUAAUGAUUUAUUAAAGCUUUUAUCAGGGUCAGGCAUGGAGGUCCAAGAGCAGGAUGCCUGCCUGGUCAGCUUCUGGUGAGGGCUCCUUUCCUGCCUUGCAGACAACCGCCUUCUCACUGUGUGUUCACUUCCUCUUAUAAGGUUACCAAUCCUAUCAGAUUAGGGUCCUACCUAUAUGCCUCAUUUAACUUGAAUUACCUCCCAAAAAGCCCUCUCUCCAAAUAUAGUCAUGUUAGGGGUUACAGCUUCAACAUGUGAAUUUUGUAGGGACACAAUUCAGUCCAUAGCAUAGUGUUAGCAUAAAUAAUUUGCAAACACCUUUGACAUACUAUAAUAUGACGUGAAAAUAGUUGUUAUAGUGGGAAGGGUCACCCACCAGGUUACUUGAGAGUGAAUGUCUGCUGCUUGAACCCUCAAGGCUGGGCAGUGAGCUAAGGCUGUCGUGCCCCACUGAGGAGCAGGUAUCCUUGAGAACCCAGACAUCCUGGAGAGAAUCUGAGAACCUACCAAGGAAAACAGUCCCAUCGUGCACACGCGCGGAUCUCUAGAGCUAUCCUGCUAGCAUCCAGGAGUGUCCUGUUCAUAAGCCCUAAUCAACUCAUCUACUCAUCAAGCUGGACUUGUCCAAGUUAUUCUUUGGUCUUUCAACACCUUCCCAGUUUGGGGGUGGGCACUACAGUCUCAAGUUGUUCCCGUAACAGCUGAGAUCUAUUGGUGACAAAGCUAUAGGUAUUGCUAUGAAUACUGUGAUUUGCUGCCUACAUUCUUCAUGGGAGGAAAUGUGUAAUUUCAGGUUGUGGUUAGUGAAGAUACAUAAAUAUAUAUGUAUAUUUUUUCCAUCCAAGUUCACAGGCAUCCUGAAUUUCUAUACAGGGAAAUCAGGUUAAAAAUCCAUCACACAAGUACGUACGAUGGUCUUGUUGUGAGACAGUGGCAUUACCUCAGGAUGGUGAAAACAGAUUCUGAAAUCAGCUGCUAUUUCCCAUUGCCAGUUACUCAGGAGUAGCGAGCAUGUUGAACUGAAAAUAGACAUCCUCUGCUCUAGGUUUGCUUUCUGAUAUUUUUGAUUGCUUGUUUGAGUAUUGGAAUGUGUUUUGUC